ACAGUUGUUCUUUUCCUGUUCCUGUAGCAAAUCUGUGGACUUGAGUUGUCAGCAGUUAUUUGGUGAAAUUGAAGUUUUAUGAAACAAUAAGGCAAAGAUGGAGAGUCACCUCAAUAUUAGCAUUCUCACCAGUGUCCCAGCUACUGUAGGAAAUGCUUGCGGAAUCGACUUCAGUCAGGAUGGGAUCUUCCUUCCCGUUCUGUAUGGAAUCUUCUUCGUCAUCGGCACCCCUUUAAAUCUGCUGGCGCUCUUCGGACUUUACAAGCUAAUCCAAUCAGAGAACGUUCUACCUGUGUACGUUAUUAACCUGCUGAUCUCAGACCUAAUUCAACUCCUGACUUUGCCUUUAUGGAUGGAUUAUUACGCCAAUGGACACAACUGGCGAUUUGGGCCCCGUAGUUGUCAGUUCAUGGGCUUGUUUUUCUACAUCAGCAUUUACGCGGGCAUCUUCUUCAUGUGUAUCAUCGCUCUAGAGCGGCACCUAGCCAUCGCCAGACCUCUCAGCUUCAAGCAUCUCCGCAACUUGAGGUUUGCUCGUUGGAUCGCUAUCUCCAUUUGGGUUCUAAUUGCGGUGCCACCUGCCAUUGCGUUCGACAAGCUCUUCCCCAAGCAGGAAAAUUACACGCUUUGUAUUGAAAAGUAUCCCUCAGAGGGCAGUUUUAUCACCUACCGGCUGAUUACUCUGCUUGUGUCCUUCAUCAUACCCCUGAGCUUCAUUGUCGGUCUCCACAGAAAGACGGUCCGCUCGCUGAUGGCAAUCAACUCGCUUUUAUCCGAGGAGAAGAGGAGCAUCAGGGGUCUGCUCACUCUUCUGGUGGCCGUAUUUGUCACGGUUCUGGGGCCCUAUCAUUUCAUCGGCUGUGUGAAGUAUGUCGGACUGCUGAUACACAGCAGAAAGUGCGUUUGGGAGAAAGCGGUGUUUGUGCCCUAUCAGUUAGGACGAGGCCUUCUGAGCCUUAACAGCUUGCUGGAUCCUGUGUUUUACAUCUUCCUCCGCAGAGACUUCCGUGCUGCCGCUGGGAACUACUUGCCCUGCCUAAGGAAAGUGAGAAGUAGAUCAUAUCGGACAGAGAAGCCGACAAGUUCUACUCAAGACUGUGAUUAAACAUUUCCCCUGGAUAUGUGUUUGAAAUCUGGACAAAGAUCUAUGUGUCUAGUUUUAAAAACGAAUGUUUAAUUAGAUCUAUGAUGGCUCCAUGGUCUAAGAUUAAUAUUAUACCAUCAUUAUAUUUAACCAGCAGAUAUCAGAAGACAUUUUUUUUCCAAAUCAUGACGUAUAUCCAAUUGAAACAGUCCUGAAAUGAGAAAGAAACGUAAGCUUGAUUUUGUCCUUUGGGAACUAAAUGGAUUGUUGGAAGAUGGGUGUUGCUAACAAAAUGGAGGAAGAUUAAGGAAUGGAGAAAAUCAAGGUAGCAACGAGACACACCCUGAUAGCUCCACCCUAAAGGCAUUCCUUGUGACCAGAAGGGAACUGGGUUUGAGAAUGACACAGUUGGUAUAGAUUGAAGAACAUGUCUGGAGAAAGCACCAUAUGGUUGGCAAGCUCUAUGAGAGAAUUACAGAAAUGGUUGUGGAGGAAGCCCCCUAUAUACACUAUGGAGAUGGUUUAGCUUUGUUUUAUGCAAAUGACUAACCUUGAGCAUGUGGCACUCAUUUAGAAUGCUGGAUUUAGAAUUGACUAAACGAAAUUGGCUGUAAUGUUAGUGUGAAUGAGUGUAUAGGUGUAUCCCAGUACGGGGUGGAGGCAGGAAGGGCAUCUGCUUAAAACAUAUGCUGGAAUUGGCGGUUCAUUCCACUGUGGCGACCCCUGAUAAGGGACUAAGCUAAAGGAAAAUGACUGAAUAUUAUUUUAUCUUGUUUUAUUUUUUCACAGCUCACGAAAAUCAAUUAGCCCUGUUUCAACGUAAUUUUCUUUAAUGGUCUUCAAAGUUAAAGGCUAACUUUCUCUAGGUAUUAGGGACUAGACUUUAAAAAAUAAUGAUACAAAUGCUAUCACUGGCAAGUAGACUUUUGUACCUAUAGAAGCAAGAAAAAAGUCCAUUUGGUACUUUAAAUGUACUUUCAUUUUAGCACUUAAAGUGCAUAUAUUAGUACCUAAAAGUAAAAAAAA